AUGUCUGAGGAUGUGCUGUUCUACCUCUUUUACAAUUGCCCGGGCGAAGUAUAUCAAGUUGCCGCUGCAAAUGAACUGUACAGUCGAGAUUGGCGGUACCACAAAAGUUUGGGCGUUUGGCUGACCCGAUCACAGUAUGGAGGUGUCAAAGAACAUACAGCAACAUAUGAAAAAGGAUCCUAUAACGUCUUUGAUCCUGUGCAGUGGCGGAAAGUAGGCUUUUUUUUUGAACUGGUUUUUUUUUAG